CCACUAAAUUUUUCCAAAUUACAUUUAUUAACAAUAUUACACGAUUUUAAUUGUAUUGAUGAGAAGUAGCUAUUUUUGUUGUAAAUAACGUCGCCAGUUUUGCAUUUAUAUCAUUAAUUGCGUCUUGACAUUAGGAUUUUUCUUGUCACUCGGAAAACAUGGAUUUGGAUUCAGACGAGGAAAAUGUUAUGGAAGAGGAUUUUUACUCAUUUCUAAAUCUACCAAAAGAGGCAUCUAAAGAAGAAAUAAACAAUGCUUAUAGAAGAUUAAGUUUGAUGUAUCAUCCUGAUAAACAUGUUGAUUCUGAGGCAAAAUCCAAAGCAGAGAUAUUAUUUAACAAAACCAAACGGGCCUAUGAAAUUCUUUCUGACCCACAUAAAAGGGCCAUUUAUGAUUCCCUUGGGAUGAAGGGGUUGGAAACUGAAGGUUGGGAAAUCGUGCAAAGGACAAAAACUCCUGCUGAAAUCAGAGCAGAAUAUGAACAACUGGCUGAAGAGAGGGCAGAACGUCGCAAACAACAAAGAACAAAUCCAAGUGGUAACAUAACUGUAGCAAUUAAUGCAACUGACUUGUUCAAUCCCUAUGAUGAUGAUUUAUUCGAUGACGAGUUUGAAGAGGAUCUUCUUUCCAAAAUUCCCAAUAUUGAAGUAUCUUCAAUGCAGUUCACCCAAUCUGUUGAUUUCCCUUUAACACAAAAGGACACUUGCACUUUGGCUGGUUCAUUGCAAACUCAAAAUGGCACAGGAGGAGGUGGUAUUAAUUUGAGCUGGAGGCAUAUCUUUUCCCAUAAAAGUUGGGCAGAAGUUGAAAUGACUGCUGGUAGUGGUCCAGGUUUAUCGUUCAAAGGUUUCAGGACACUAUCAAAACGAUUUUUCUGGAAUGGUGGCACUGUACUUCAAUUUACACCUGAAGGAAUCAGGCCUGGUAUAAUGUCUACGCUUGCAAUGCAAAUUGAUAAACAUUCUGUUGGCUAUCUUACAUACCAUGGAGGCAUAAGGUCUUUAUUUUCUACAUCUGUAGUUAGAGAUACAGAAAAUAAUAGGUACAAUUUUGCAAUCCAAGUUGGACUUCCCCAUUCACAUAUUUCCAUGCAUUACACCAGAAAAAUGCUACAAAGGGAGUUAAAAGUUAAACUAGCAUUUAAAAUCGGAACAUUCGGAGGAGUUCUGGAAUAUGGAGCUGAAAAAAAAAUUACAAAGCACAGCCACCUGUCAUUUGCAGUAUCUUGUGGUGUACCUUCAGGUGUUAAGUUAAAAAUAAGAUUAACAAGAGCUAGUCAAGUUUACUCAUUCCCUAUUCAUCUUUGUGAAGAAAUCAUGCCUGCCCCUGUAUUUUAUGCAUCUGUUGUCCCCAUUGUUGUGUACAUUGUUGUCAAGAAAGGUUUUGUUGAACCAUUCCUCAGGGAAGAGAAAAGUAAAAAAGUCGAGAAACAAAAGCAAAAUAAUCUGAAUAAAUUAAUCGAAAAGCGAAAGGAAGCACUAGCCGCACAAGAACUUAUGACUGCCACUUAUGAUAGAAUAAAAACUGAUGAAGAAAAUAAAAAAGGAUUAGUAAUAAUCAAGGCGAUUUACGGAAAGUUAAUAGAUACUGAAGCUGGAGCUGGAGAUUCAGAAGUAUCUAAUGAAGUCUUAGAUGUUACCAAACCAGUGCAGUGUUUGGUUAAAGAUAGUAAAUUAGUGAUUUAUGAACAUACAAAGAGUGAACUUCCUGGAUUUUUCGAUCCAGCAUUGGGUGACGAAAAAAUGUUGCAUAUUAUCUAUAAUUAUCGUGAUCAGCCACACGAGGUCACCGUUUCUGAUGGUGAAUCUAUAAGACUACCCAAAACAUCACAUAGGACAAGUGGCACAUAACAUAAGAAUAAGUUAAGAAAAAUAACUUAGUUGGACACAAUUAGAAGAAGAGUUGAUACUCCGAAAGUUGCAGCAGAGUUGGUAUUGUAUUGUAAAUUAUUUAUUAUACCAAUUAAAUUGUUAUUGAUUAUUUAAUGCUGCAAUACAUUUUGUUGCAUAUAACUUUUACAGAAACAAUAAAGUUGUUACUUUUAA